AUGAGAUUCUCGACUCUCGCGGCUGGCCUCCCGCUCGUAGCGGCGGCUCCCCAGGGCCACUCCUUCAAGCAGACCAACACCACCGGCAAGACUCUCAUCCUCGAUCAAGCACCCGAUGUCUCGCAGCCCUACGUCCUUCGUAAGGGUUCUGGCCGUGCUGUCGCCGUCGGGGCGCAGGUCUACCGCUUUUCCGUUACCGGCAACUCCUCGGCCGGCGCCUUUACUCUCAUGCAGACCAACGCCCCGGACUCUUCCGAGCUCGGCGUGCUCCCGCACAUCCACAAGACGCACUACGAGAACUUCUAUUGCACCAAGGGCCAGAUCCAGCUCUGGGCCAAGACCAACGACACCGACGAGCAGGCCCGCGUUCUCACCCCGGGUGACUACGGUGCCGUGCCCCAGGACACAGUCCACACGUUCCAGAUCACCGACCCGGACACCCAGCUCACCGGCGUAAUUCAGCCAGGCGGUUUCGAGCAGCUGUUCAUUGCCAUCGCGAACUCUGAGUUCAAUUCCUCGACGGGCGCCGAGUUCGUCCCCGCCGCCGUCAACGGGUCCUCCGGUUCCAACCCGGAGCUGAUCUCCGCCCUCGAAGCGUUUGACGUCUAUGCGCAGCUUGACUUCAACCCGCGCCGAGACCUUGUCAACGGCAGCGCCGGGGGUGACGAAGACGCCUGGCACACAGCCGCCAAUCCCUUGGCUCCCGACGCCGUGACGCCCAACUUCAUCGCCAAGAACCGCGGGCCAAAGUACCUCAACGCCGACGGAGGCGUCUACCAUCUUGUCGCUCCCUUCGCCACGGCCGACCAAACGGCGAGCAACUUCACAAUGGGGACCGUCACCCUGAGCCCCCUGCUGUCGAACCAGACAGCCAAUGAGGCGAACUUGACACAGCCACUGGCUUUCCAGCUUGAGGAGGGUGCCCUGAACAUCGCCGUUGACGGAUACGACGCCGUGACGCUGAUCCAGGGCGACGUUGUCUUCAUCCCCGCCCACACGCCCUUCACCUACAACGCGUUGGCUGCUUUCACAAAGUUCCUGUACGUGAGCGGUGGGGGUGAUGGCUUCGAUUACCAGCUCCUCCAGAGGGCUGUGCCUUGGGAGUAUGCGACUUACCCCGUCAACGCUGGCUUCACUGUACAGUAA